AAGGCCCGGCUCAGGAGUGAUCCUGAGUCGUCUGUAGUAUCAAGAUCAAGAUUAAGAUCAAGAUAAUUUUCAAUCGUAAGCGCGGCGGCAGAUCAAGAUCAAGAGCAACACCAAUAGCAGCAGCAAGUUAUUCCCGAUUUAAACGUGCCCUGACCUGAGCAGCGAGCAGGAUGAGGAUUCCUUCCAAGGCAGCGGUACAGAAGAUCGUGACGAGACACAGGAAGAAAGAGGCGCGUGUGUCAAAGCGAGCCGCGGCGGAGUUGUACCUAUUCUACCUGGUCUUCCUGAAAAAACUCGCCAAGGCCUGUGACAGCUACGCCAUAGAACAAAGGAAGGUUGUCAUUGGGGAAGAAAUUGUCAGAAGAUGUGCUCCUAAACUUCUGAAGAGUCUGAGCUUCAUUGAAAAUUUGAAGAGCACGCUGCCUCCAGAACUAGUCAGAGAGAUGGUCACCGAUGUCUCAGAGAGUGAUGACGAGCUUGUAUCAGAUGAAGAAUAAAAGGUGUUGUGCUGAAAGUUGAGAAGACAUAAAUUUGUUUAGGAGGAUUUUAAGUUACAUUGAAAAAUAUAGUGCUUUGCUUACCUGCAACAUAAUCUUUAUUUAUUUAAGGUAUUUGCUUGAUGUUGAUGCUGGUGGAUGUCUUUAAAGUACAAUAAUGUAUACAGAUAUUUGUGAAUGUGUCAUUUUCAUCCACAUUUGAGUAAAUAUGAAAUUGAUACAUUUGUAUGAUCAUUAGGAAAUAUGUGAAGCAUACGAUGGUACAAACCAUUGUAUCACACUCACCUAAGGUUUUCCUCUGUGAUUGCUGUGUUUGGUAGUCUACUGAACGCAAGGAAGAAUGAAGACAGGUUAACUUUUUUCUGUGCAUUUGUGUGUGUGUGUAUUCUCAUGCCAUGGUUCACCUUAGAGUGUUCAUUUAAGAAUUUAGCUUAGUAAAGGUUAUUUUAGUACAUAGUCUUAAAUCAAAGUGUUCUGAUUUUAAUGCAUACAUAUAGUUUUACACUUACUGCACUUUAUAUUUCGUGAUUAGUUUCAAUGUAAAACCGUGGUCAAUAAACCACUAUUGGUACUAGUGUGUGUGUGUGUGUGUGUGUGGGAAAGGGGGGAUGGACAGCAAAUACUUAAAGGAUUAGAAACAUUAUUGUAGAGGAAAUGGUAAAGAUGUGAAAUGCAAAAUUAUUAGUAA